AUGUAGGUUAAAGUCUCCCAGCGGGAAAACGGAAGAUAUGAGAGAGCAGAUUGCUGGUGGUCACACUCGCUAGAAGGAAAGCAGAAAAAAGGAGCACAUAAUUCUAGAGCUACAUCCAGACGAAUGUGAGGUUCGAGAGGUGAGCGACGUGAUAGAAAAGUGCUGCUAGCACAUGAAUUUCCUGCAGAACCUCCCUUUCCACCAGCACCAACAUGCAGAGCAACUGCUCCCUGGUCAUCACCACCAGAGAAACUCUCCAAGUCCUCUUUACAGCAGAAACAAACUCAUCGGCUGCGUUGCGCUUGCCCCCUCCCUGCCCGCUUUCCUCCUCAGAUUAUCAGUUUUCUCUAAUUCCAGCACUCUUCUCCGUGGUUUUUGUUCUGGGGUUGGUUGGCAACAGCGUGGUGGUUGUGGUGCUUUGUCGGUACAGUGGCCCCAAAACAGUGGCUAGUAUCUACAUUUUCAACCUGGCCAUGGCGGAUUUGCUGUGCCUCGCCACCCUUCCCUUCUGGGCUACCUACUACGCGCAGGGGUACAACUGGCUCUUUGGGUCUCUCAUGUGCAAGAUCUCCAGUUCUGUCCUGUGCCUGAACAUGUUCGCAAGCAUAUUUUUCAUUACAUGCAUGGGCAUGGACCGGUACCACGCUAUUGUCCAUCCUAUUCGCUCUCAAAGAAGAACUCCACGACAAGCUUAUUUUAUCGCAUUGGUUGUGUGGGGCCUUGCCUGUUUGUCCUCCCUCCCAACCUUUUAUUUCCGUGACACUCACUACAUUGAAAGCUUGGGAGUCAAUGCUUGCAUUAUGGCCUUUCCUCAUGAGAAUUACGCAAAAUGGUCCGUGGCAACAGCCUUCCUGAAAAAUGCACUUGGCUUCUUCAUCCCCUUGACGGUGAUCACCACGUGCUACAUCUGGAUCAGGAGGCACCUGCUCAAAGCACAGGAGUUUGGGAAAAACAAGCAGAAGAGGGACAAAGUCCUAAAGCUGGUGGCUGCUGUUGUUGUGGCCUUCUUUAUUUCCUGGCUCCCAUUCCACAUUUUAACGUUUUUGGAUGCCUUGGCUCACAUGAACAUCAUUAACAACUGUGACGUGACGGGGAUCAUCGACACGGCGCUGCCGUUUGCCAUCUGCAUGGCAUUUGCCAACAGCUGCACCAACCCGUUGCUGUACUGCUUUAUUGGCAACCAGUUCCAGGAGAAGCUCCAUCGCCUGUUUAAGCGACGGGUUUACCAGUUCAACAGCCAUCGAGAGAGCUCUUCUUUGAGGAAAGGGAGCUGCUUCAGAGAUGCUGAGACCCCCGCGGGCAGGGAAGAGGGGCCUGAGUCCUUGCUGUAG